UGGGCUGACAAGUACCCGCCAACUUCGUAUUACAAAGUUUACUGCAAAUCCGAAGACCUCUCUCUCCGUCAAAACGACGAACCUCUGAAUCCGAUCUGAAUCUCAUCCCAGGUGAGAUUUCGGGUUGUUAGUGGCAUGGGAAAUUGUUAUAAUUCUCCAAAAGCACAUAAAGUCUAACGUUUUCGGGCUUCGGAAAUCGAAAAGCUGAUUUUUUUUUUUUUAGCAAGAUUUGGGAGCUGAUUUGAUUUGGGAUUGGGUGGAAAGACAUGAAAAGUGAAGUUGGGAAGUGGGUAUUAGGUUUGGUAUACAUAUUUGCUGUUGCAUCUAUCUGGAUAGCUGCCAGUUUCGUAGUACAGUCGGUUGUAGAUGCCGGUGUGUCCCCGUUCCUCAUCACAUACAUAUGCAAUUCUCUGUUUGUGAUCUACAUUCCCUUGGUUGAAAUCGGGCGGUAUUUGGAGGAUAAUUUUGAGGGGUUUUGGAUUUGGAGAAGUAGGAAGAGUAGCCCUUUGCAAAGAUUAGGAGAUUCGGAGCAAAUCACUCUCCUUGAGGAGACUGACGGAGUUGUGAAAGCAGAUGCGGAAGAGGGGGAAGUGAAUCUUGGUGCAGAACCGAAAGUUGUAUUGUACGAGCUUGUUGGAACUUCAGCAACUCAAGACAAUGGCACUGAAACGGUAGAUAAGCAAGUGGAUGAAAAAGGGCGUUGGACACGAACUCGAGUGGCUAAAGUUAGCCUGCUGAUUUCCCCGUUUUGGUUUUUCGCACAGCUGACUUUCAAUUUGUCAUUGAAGUAUACUACGGUUACGUCGAAUACAAUCUUAAGCAGUUCAUCCAGCCUUUUCACCUUUUUGGUCGCCCUAGUAUUCUUAGGGGAGAAGUUUACUUUGGUUAAGCUUAUUAGCGUUCUUCUUUGCAUGGGAGGAACGAUAAUUGUCAGCCUUGGUGACUCACGAACUGCUCUAAGUGCAAUUGCUUCAAACCCUCUCCUCGGCGACAUACUUGCUCUUGUCUCGGCGGCCUUCUAUUCUGUGUAUAUUACCCUCAUUCGCAAGAAAUUACCUGAUGAGGAUGAUGAAAAAAGCGGCCGUGCCAGUAUGGCUCAGUUUCUAGGAUUUCUAGGGCUUUCCAACCUUCUUAUAUUUCUUCCGGUUGCCCUUAUACUUCAUUUCUCCAAGCUGGAGCCGUUUUACAUGCUUACCUGGGAGCAGGUCGGUCUCAUCGUUGGUAAAGGUUUGUUGGAUAAUGUUCUGAGCGACUACUUAUGGGCCAAGGCCGUUCUUCUAACCACCACGACGGUAGCAACGGCCGGUCUGACCAUCCAGGUUCCGCUGGCGGCAAUUGUUGACUCAAUGACUGGCCAUGCUCCUCAUUUUGCCGAUUACCUUGGAGCCGUGGCGGUCAUGAUCGGAUUCGCAGGCAUAAACAUUCCCGCUGAUGCUUUUAACAGACCAAAAGAAGCUAUACUUGCGAGAGAGAGUGAAAAUAUCAGUGCAACCGGUGAAGCUCGCAAUUCAUCAGGCAGCCCGAUUUCAGCUGCCCCUUCAUAGCAUGCUGAGGUCACUUGCAAAAUUCGCUUUGCAUUUUGCAAGUGCAAAUACGCGCGUUAUAUUGUACCGUUAUUAUAAUUUUUUUUUUUUUUUUUGUAAAUGCAACUACUCUAGUUUUUAUUUUUUCAAUUAUCAAUUACUGAUAUAGAAAUAACUAUUUACCGA